AUGGCGCCCAGCUUUCUACAACAUGUGCCCGAGAUAUUACGGCAUUGCGGUCUCCUAGGCUUCACUUCCUUUGGUGGACCCUCUGUACACUUCCUCAUCCUUCACAAGAAGUUUGUUCAAGAGCUUGCAUGGAUCGAUGAAGCCACCUAUCAAGAGCUCUUUGCGCUGGGCUCCGCUUCACCCGGGCCAGCAUCCACAACGAUGGUCUUUUCCAUCGCAAGUCUGCGAGGCGGCCUCUUUUGUGGCUUUGUCGCCUUCUUUUUGUGGAGCCUUCCAGCAGCCAUGGCUAUGCUUGGUCUAGCUCUUGGUAUACGUCAAAUCAAUGACAUCUUACCAGAAUGGGUCUAUCAUCUUCUUUCUGGCCUGAAUGCUGCUGUCGUUGGACUCAUUGCACAAGCUGGUUAUGCACUGGCUAAAAAGGCAGCAACAGACACGACUACUGUUAUUGUUCUUUCUCUGAGUGCUGCCAUUGCCACGUUGUACUCCUCCCAGUGGCUGUAUCCAGUCCUGGUCGUUUCAGGAGGGCUGGUCAGUUUUAUCAGCGAUAAUGCUAAAGCUUGGUCGGAACCAAUGCGCAUGCGUUUUGGCAAGACGAGACAGCAAGCAGGGCUUCAAGUGGAACAACCAGAGAUUGAGCUGGAAAGUCUACAAACGCCCUCGACUGCUCAGCUUCGACGGCGGACUGCAAGGGAUGUUCCUGAUGUCGCAUUACCUUCAAGCAAGUCACUACCGCCCACAACAACAGCUGCAGUCAGUCAAGCAGAGAGUCCAUUGACUGAGGCGACCAACCAACCUCAAAGCCACAUGUACCUGAAUUCGUUACGCACUGGCUACAUUACACUUGCAGUCUUUGCACUCAUCUUAAUUCUGACACUGUCCAUCACUUCAGCCGUCAAGAAUCCCGCUCGUGCAAUCUUACUCUUCCGAAACAUGCUUCUCGGUGGGACCAUCAUUUUUGGCGGAGGACCCGUCGUUAUUCCGCUUCUCUCAACUUAUGUCGUUGAUCCAGGCUGGGUAUCUGUCCGCGAUUUUCUCAUUGGUUUGAGUAUCAUUCAAGCCUUCCCAGGUCCCAACUUCAACUUUGCCGUUUACCUGGGUGCUCUGACCCUCAACAAAAACCCGGUCGGUGGUGCUUUUCUCGCCUGGCUUGGAAUCUUCCUGCCAGGUCUCCUGCUUCGUGUGGGUAUCCUGCCCUUCUGGUCCGUGCUACGUCGCUACCAAGCAACACGACAAAUCCUACGUGGCGUCACCGCCGCUGCUGUUGGACUCAUCUUUGCAGCCAUUUAUCGAUUUUGCAGAACAACCAUCAUUACACCACCACCGGCGACAGGGGAGGUGAAUGGGAGUCAGAAUAUCUUGACAUUACCGUGGUUCACGGUGGUUGCUGGGUUGACGUUUGUUUUGCUUGAGAAACUCAGGUGUCCGCCUGCAUUGGCAGUGUUGUUGGGUGCUGUUGCUGGUGUUGCUGAGUAUGGCGUUGCAAAAGGGUCUCCUAUGAUCCAAUCAUUCGGUCGUGUAGAGUAA